AAACUACUACACCCUCUCAUACAACCCGAACACCGACGUUCAUCUCGGCCGGGGCAAAAGUAGUUAACUAGUCACAAUGAAGCGGCUUACUCCGUAGUUAUUUUGAUGCCCCACCAAAAACCCCGCCGAAGCUUUCCGUCACCAGCUGAGCCCAGUCAACAACAACCUCCACCACCACCAACAUCGUCGUUCUCUUCGCUACUAUUAUAUUAGAGCGUUUUGUUCCUUGAAAAAUUACUCGUCCUUAUUAUUUCCUCUACUACUAUAACAACUUAAACUCUACGAAUACCUUACAGUCGCUAUCUAUCUUACCUCAAAAAUGUUGAUCAAAGUCCGUACCCUUACCGGAAAGGAGAUCGAGUUGGACAUCGAGCCUGAUUACAAGGUUUCCCGGAUAAAGGAGCGCGUCGAAGAGAAAGAGGGUAUUCCUCCUGUUCAGCAGCGACUGAUUUUCGGUGGAAAGCAGAUGGCCGACGACAAGACUGCUUCGGAAUAUAACCUGGAAGGUGGUGCCACGCUACACCUUGUUCUUGCCCUGCGUGGUGGAUGCUUGUGAAUGUGUGUGGUGUGACAGAAGGGGGAUGGAGUAAAGAGGAAAAUAUCUGUAUGGUGCUUCAGGG